AUGAGUAUGACAGUGAAUCAAGAGGAAGGGAGGGUUGAUAAGCUGAUCCGUCAUUUACACAAACACAACAUACCCAUAGCUGUUGCCACCAGCUCAGCGGAAGUGACAUUUGAGAUGAAAACAACUAGACACAAAGAUUUCUUUGGUCUUUUUCAUCAUAUUGUGUUGGGAGAUGACCCUGAAGUGAUGAGUGGCAAGCCACAGCCUGAUGUAUUUCUAGUUUGUGCAAAGAGAUUUCACCCUCCUGCACCUCCAGAGAAGUGCCUUGUGUUUGAAGACUCACCACUUGGAGUCAAAGGAUGAAUGCAAGUGGUUAUGAUUCCAGAUGAAAAAUUAAAUCCAGAUCUUAAAAAGGAGGCAACACUACUGCUGAACUCCAUGGAAGAUUUCAAACCAGAACUGUUUGGUUUACCAGCAUAUGAUUAA